CUUUUGCAGAUAGUUCAUAACUUUUCAGCUACCUUUUCCUUGAAGUGUCAUCAGUGCAAUGGUUGGUUGGGCAGCUAUCCGUUCACCCAGGCCAGCACAUGUGACAACCGGAACAACCAUUGUGAAACAAAUAAUUACUGCGUGAGGAUACUGGACACAAUGAAUCCGGGAGUUGAAUAUGUUACAUUCAAAAGUGACUGUUAUUAUCAAGCCAAUUUACAAGUCAAUCCUCAGAACCUCUCAUAUGUUCAAAGCGGAUCAUGUUUCCCGUAUCAAGACGGAUCAGCUCCGGUCAAAAGAUGGUUUUACUGUUUCUGCAACGAUCGGGACUACUGCAACACUUCUAUUACAGUACCCCUGUUUCCUGCGAUAAUCAUGAUGAUUUUGAAAUGUUUCUGA